CUGAACCGGAGCGUGCAGGGAUCCGGAUCCGGACCGGUGGCUUCCCUAUGCCGCCCGGGUGGCCCCCUCCUCAACAACAGCGGUACCGGCAACCUCAGCUGCGAGCCCCCGCGCAUCCGCGGAGCCGGGACACGAGGUGGGUGCCUCCCUACGCCCGCGCCACAAGCUCCUUCUCACUGCACCCCAUAACACUCAUAUCGACCCCCACGAUGAUCUUAACAUUGCAUAUCCAAACGCCACGGGAUCCCCUCCUAGUACUAUUCUCCCAGCCCCCGAACACCCCCCUCACACAUUCAGAGCUGCCCCCGCAGCUCCUACAACUCCAUCACAGCUUCCCGUCCCCUAGUUAGAACCCCUUCACAUCCUGGUCCCCUGACCACCCCAACAUGCAGCCCCCUCCCCAUCACAUAGACAAUUGGGAGGCAAGGACCUCCUCCUUUGGCUGACACCUGCAUAUAUCUGCCUUUUCCAUCCUCUUCAGAGCCACAACUGGGAAGGGAAGAAAGAGGCAGGCAAUUUUAGGAAGGGAAGGUGCUGGUUGAGGGAGGGAGCACUCUGGGAAGUUAGGGUUGUAAUCUCCUGUGUCCCACAUCCCACCCCUCGUCCUGCCUCUACUAAUAUCCUCAAGUCUGAAUUAGGGUGGACACUGGGUGAUGGUCCUUACAGCUCUUGUCUCCAAUUCACUCAUCCUCAAACCUUUGUCCUCCCAAGCUGGAGUUCUCAAGGCCGUGUGUGCUCUCUCUUUUUCUGUCUCCAUGUGAUGUCUCCAAAUCCCUUUCAAGCUUCCUAUCCAGCCUCUCCUCACACCUCCUAGAACCUGGUUUCCCCCUUCACCCCAUCUGUUUGUGUCACCAUCUCCUCUCCUCACCUCCCCUUCAGAUUGCUGCCAGUUACUCGGUUUUCCAAAUGACUUUCACCGUUCCCAUCAGCAGCCAUCUCAAAAUACGUUUUUCCCUCUCCUGCACCUUUCCUUUCCUUUAGUGUUUCCUGAAUGCUUGAUAUUGUAGUCCCUAGGCUAGGUGUUGGGAGACACAGAGGUGAACUAGACCCCUUCUGUACUCUCAUGAGUCCAUGGUCAGGUGGAAGGGGGAGAUGAGCCAAUGGAAAGAAGCACAGUCAGCAUGGAACUCUCAUGAGAAGGUCUGAACCCUAAGGAGGUGAAAGUCCAAGAACUUCAGAGGAUGGAAGUUGGGAGCUGGGUCUUCAAGUUCAGCAGGUCUUGAGUUUAGAAGGCAGAAAAGGAAGGAGUGGGGCUAUAGGACAGAAAGCAAUGUUAAGGAGAAGAAAAUCAUUCUAAACCCAAGAAGAGAAAGUUGGAAAUCAACUGUAAUCCAAAUGCCUAUUUACUCCAUACAAUAACCUAUGCUUUCUCAGCCCAAUGUUACAUGCUGUCACUUAGAUUCCCUCAUUCAGCAAAUAUUUAUUGAAACAGAGAUUGUAUCAGGCAGAGGGGACGUGAGUUGAACAAAAUGGACACAAUUCCUACUUCAUGGAUCUCCAAGUUUAGUGGGGGAGACAGAGUAAGCAGGGAAUGGCAGCACAAAUUGUCUUGCCAGGGGAACACAAUGGAAAUACAAGAGGACCACCUGCAGCCUAGCUUUGCCUUGGGAAUUAAGGUCAGCCUCUGAGCAGGUAAGUUAUGCAUUGAAACCAAAAAGGUGAGGGACAGCCAGGCACAUGAAAGAACACAAGAAGCAGAAAGCAUCCCUAGCACAGGAACAGGAUAUGUAAUAAAUAAAUAAAUAAAUAAAUAAAUAAAGCCUUAAAGUUUAAACCUGUGUCACCUUUGUUCAGUGUGACAUCAUUUCUGAGCAGCUGUGUACCAUUAAAGAGAAAUAAACACUCAGGCUGCAGACCAGUCAGUGUGUUUAUGGAGCACCUUAAAGACCUGGCUACAGAGCAUAGAGUUUAUCCCAAGAGCAAAUGGAUCUACUGAAAGAUUGAGUAGUACUGCCAGGAUUCACUCUGUAGUGUAGAGGACGGAUUGAAGAACAUAAAACGGAAUGCAGAGGAAUACUUCAGAGGCUAUUGUAUUACACUGUUCUGGGAGAAAGAUGAUGCUAGCUUACACUAAGAUACUUGCAGUAGAGUACAGAGAAGUGAAUGGAUUUGAGAGCCACUUCUGGAAAUGGAAUCAACAGAAUUUGGAAUUGAUUAUAAGUGGAGAGGAUUGAAGAGGUCAAGGGAUGACAACUAGGUUUCUGGCUUGGACAAUUGAAUGAAUGUUGGUGCUAUGUAAUGAAGGCAACAGACAGCUAGAAAUAGAUUUGGAAGAAGGGAUUAUUAGCUGUUUGGAACCCACUGAAUUUAAAUACCGGGGAGACUUUCCAGUGGGGUUACCCAUUCAGCUGUUGAAUUUGGAGGCCUGGAACUUACUGGAAGGGUCUGAGCUGGAAAUAUAGAUUCAAAAGGUCAUUGCUUACAGGAGGUAAUGAAAGUCAGAGCAAUAGAUGAAGUCAUACAAAGAUUGUGUAGAAUGAGAAGAAAAGAGGCCCUGAAAGAGGACCCUGUGGAAGACCAGUAUUUAAAAACCAGGCACAGGAAGAAGAUUCCGUGAAAGAUAUCCAGAAAAAAGCCAUCAGAGAGACAAGAGCUGUGUCCUUCCAGAAGGCAAGGAAAAAGAGUGAUAAGCAUAGUAGGUGAAGCAAUGUUGAAUGCUGCAAAUGUAAUUCAAAUGACAGAACAGGAUAUUUCUUUUUUUUAACUUUUUUUAAAAAUUUAUUUGACAGAUAGAGUUAGAUAGUGAGAGAGAGACAGAGAGAAAGGUCUUCCUUCUGUUGGUUCACCCCCUAAAUGGCCGCCACGGCUGGCGCUGUGCUGAUCCAAAGUCAGGAGCCAGGUGCUUCUUGCUGGUCUCCCAUGCGGGUACUUGGGCCCAAACACUUGGGCCAUCCUCCACUGCCUUCCCAGGCCACAGCAGAGAGCUGGACUGGAAGAGGAGCAACUGGGACUAGAAUCCGGCGCCCACGUGGGAUGCCGGUGCUGCAGGCAGAGAAUUAACCAAGUGAGUCACGGCGCUGGCCCAGAAUAGCAUAUUUCAACAACAAGAAAUUCCUUAGGAGAAAUUUUUAAGAUCUGACUAGAGUAGGGUGGCAAUUGGGCUGGUGGUUGAGAGAGAAUAUGAGAAGUAAAGCAGGGUGUGUAAACAGACUUUCAAGAAGUUUGGUAUAAGAGAUAGAGAUAAAAAGAGAAAUAGGAUCAUGCCAAAAUUAGCAUGGGGUUGAAGAAGGUGUAUGGUGUGUGUGUGUGUGUGUGUGUGUGUGUGUAGUUUUGUCUUUUGGGUGUUUGUAUAUGUGGUAGAUAGAAAAAAAAUUUUUAAUUGGUAGGAAAUGUGCAAAGAGAAUGGAAGAUUGAAGGUGUAAGUGAGAAAGAGGUGAGAAAGGAAUAGUUAAUAGAGCAAGGAUCCUUGAGAAAGCAAGAUGUGACAUGAUUCAGAGUGCAGGUGCAAAAAUAGUCUUCACUUAUCUGGAUAUUAUUGCUCACAUACAUUCUGACGUUACCCGGGCAGUCAGGUGUCAUAUGGAGUGCCUGUUAGUCACAUUCACUCAGCUAUUAUCCCACAGGUGCACAUGCUGCCCACACUUACUACAACAUUACCAACAGAAAUGUAAAUUUUGCCCACUUUAUUCUUACAUAAUCUAUGCAGACUUGAGUCUAACCCAUUUUCACUUAGAUGCUACCCACAGAAAUAGAGGUUAUUCACAUUUACUUAAAUGUCACCCAAUCAUUUAGAUGUUACCCACCAAUCAAACACUUUCAUUUUAUCAUUAGCUACACAAAAUCACACAUUCUCAUGUUUAACUAGCCCUUCUCUAGAUGCUGCCCUUAAACUCACAGCUAUUAUUCUUCCAUAUUUAGAUAUUACCUGCAAAGACUCAAAUAUUACUUCAGAUACUCAGCUAUUUCACUCAAUCAGAUUAACAUUUUAACUUAGAAUAAUCUAAAGUGUUAACAGUUCACAUCCAUACCUCUUAAAAACUGCCCACACAUACUUGGAUAUUAUUUGCUCAUUCAUCUAUUGUGAUCAUCACUUGGACUGACCCCCAUUAACAUAUGUAACAUAUGUACUUGGGUUUCUCCAAGUCUCCCUAGAUGACAUAUCAUUUCAUAGGUAACAACUUCAGGAUACAUAAAUUAUAUUCAAAGAUCUGCUCAUUCAAACCUUACAACACUUCCUUAGAUAUGACCUAAGCUUAAAUGCAACCCACAUUGGAUCAGGUGGGACUUAGAAACAUAUAGAUGUUAUCCUCCUCUAGAUAUUACUCACAGAAAUAAGGGUGACUUUCACCUUCACCUAUCCAGAUAUUAUCAUAAAGACUAAAACAUUAGCCAAAGCUCACCCUAAUAAUACCUAUUACCUACACAUCCUUGCAUAUUACCUAUUCCUCAGUUAAUACCCACUGGUACUUGAAUGUCCCUUAUACAAACAGCUACUAUCAGUCAGUUGUAUGCUGUCUGUGCUCACAACAGAGAUGCGGUAUGACUUUGUAUAUAUGCAGAACCAACAUCCCACUGGAAAGCAAAUUUAAGUCAUCAGCAGCUUUCAUGUUCUGUAGAGCCCCUUUAAAGAAAAGGCUGGUUCUUGUAUUGUGUCACAUUGUUUGGUUUUUUUGUGCCAUACUUAGCAGCCAUCAUAUGGACAGAGCCAUGCAGAUCCUCUAAACCCUGCGAGAACUGAAUUGCCCAUCUUCUGAAUCCCUGGUCUGACUUCUGCUCUCCUCUCAUCCCCCGGAAGAUUUAUUAACUUGAAAUCCAGAGUUAGAGAGGGGCAGAGGAAGAGAGAGAGAUGUCUUCAAUCACUGGUUCACUCCCCAAAUGGCUGCAAUGGCCAGGACUGUGCCAAUUCGAAGCCAGGAGCCAGGAGCUUCCUCCGGAUCUCCCACGCAGGUCCAGGGGCCCAAGUACUUGGGCCAUCUUCUACUGCUUUCCCAGGCCAUAACAGAGAGCUGGUAAGGAAGUGGAGCAGCUGGGACUCGAAUCAGUGUCCACAUGGAAUGCUGGCACUGCAGCGGCGGCUUUACCUACCACGUUAAAGCGCCAGCCCCUAAUAUAGCUUUUAAUUAGAAUUUUUCAUGUCUUCUGGUUGUUCAACAGCAAAGACCUGGAGAAAUAGUGGUGCCUGGAAAUAAGAGAGUAGCUGGGGAUGCCCAGGAAAACAGCAAAGCACUGUAAAAAUUGCUGGUCAUUUUUACUGUGACUUUGUUCUAUAGUUUUCAGGAGUUCCCAAGCAGAUUGGGAACUUCAUAAAGGUAAGGCCCAGCCUCACUUUUCUGGUCCACCACAAUUAUUCAAACUCCAGGGCAUGCACAUGGAACACGUCAGCUGGAUGAAUGAAUGAAAAUAUGCUUUCACACUUCAGAGUGCUGAACCAACUUGAGGUAUGGUAAUUGCAUCAAGAAUUAUUUGAAGGAAGAUAUCCAGAGGAGAAGUUGAUGCAGUGAGGAGGCAGGGGAUGGGAGUAAGGGGUAGUGGAUUUGGAGGAUGCACAGAUGCUGCAAAAUGACUACCAGCUCUCUUUUUCUGGGUCAAGGAUCUCUCUGACAGAGAAUCCCCCCCCUCCCAAAAAAAAGUUUCUUUAUAUAUAUACAAACACACAUACACACACACACACACACACCCCUCUCAAAUUUUUCACUACAGUUAGUGGCCCAUUUUCCAGAGGAGAUACAUAUGGUUUGUAUGUAAUAGCAAAAGUAACACAUCUGAAAUCAUUGCUUAUCAUUGAUCCCCCUAGCAUCAUCCACCAAGUAUCCAAAGAAAAAGAGACAUUGAGGGGGGCAUGCUGGAGCAUCUUUACAGAGGUGAGGGAUGGAUGAAGAGUUGGAAAAGUAGGUGCAUUUCUACUUUGAAAAAAUAUUCAUUCAAGAAUCCUUAAAGCAUGUGUUGACUGCCUCCGUGUCAUCCCAGACAUUACGCCAGGUGCUAAGAUAUACUGAAGAAUGAGACAGACCUUGUCUAGUGGGGAAGACAAAAAUAAAAAAAUAAAAGCAAUAAAACAAUCAGGGAUUCCCUGGUAGGAUAUAGAGAGAGGGAGAAAGAGGCAGUUAGGUUAAGGAUUGAUUUAGGGAAGAAGGAGGCAGUGUGAUGAAUGACAGAUUAGCAAGGGAGCAGUAGGCAGAAAAACAUUUUAGGGAUCCAGAUUCUUGGCUUCUGUUCUCAUCAAUGCCUUACUCACUGUGUGAUCCUGAGCAAGUUAUGUUACUACUGAACUGGAUUUGGGAAUGUUUUAUAAAUAACACUUACUCAAUGCCUAUAACAACUUCCAAAGAAAUUAUUAUGAGAAAGCAAUUCUCUUUGGGGGCUAAACAAAAACAAUAUAUAGAGAGAGUUAUAGAAAGGAGAGUUUUAUCUCUAUCUCCCAACCUGGGAGGUUCUGCCCCCUAUAUUUUCUCCUUUUGAGCACUAACAUUCCUCAUGGUAAGUGAUUCAGUCCAGUUAAAUUCAAUUCAAUGUUGUCCAGGUCUGCAUGAUUGUAAAUGGAGGUAGAAAGAUGAAGCUAUCUCCUACAGACAAUGACACAAACAAGUGAGGCCAAGCUGUCAGCUCUGUCUUGCCCACAAACACUAGGUGUGCCUUCUGUGAGCUCCCACAGUUCCUCAUACAUCCCUCAAACUCACUCCUACCACACAUCAUCUGCUUACAAAUCUGAGUUUCCCUUUCUACUGUGAACUAUCAGAUGUCAGGGAGUGCCUGAUUUUCAUCUCUUUGUCCCCAGUGCCUGGCACAGAAGGAAUCGACUGUAAAUGUUGAAUGAGAAUGAAUGUCUGGAGAUAAUUAAAAUAGAAGGUAGAAAGUAAAAUGGGCUCUAAUGGAUGCAUAAGGAAUAUGUAUAGAUCAGAGAAAGUGGAGAUUAAUAUCGAAUGAGGCAUCCAGAAAGGCCUUACAGAAGAGGUGGCAAUCUACCUGAGUUUUGAUAAACAAGGGAUAAAUAGGAAUUCACCAGUAAUAGAAAAUAAUUUUGUGAUGGGGGUGGAGGAGGGGCAGUUGUUGGUGAAAGUAUUCCAAGCUGAGAAACUAACUUGAGCAGAAAGGGAGUCACAAGAUACAUGAUGCAUUCUAGAAACUGAGUCAUCAGUUGCUUACGUGGGCACAGUGAAAUGAGGAGGUGGGAGGAGCUGGGGGGGGGAGGCAGUACUCACAGGCUCUUGAUGACAUGCUAAGGUUUGAGGUUGGUCGCAUGCAAGAGUAGGAAGAAUUUAGAACAAACCUUGAGAAGAGAGAGGCUUUUCUGAAAGAAGGGUGGAGUUAGACCAAUUUAACACAACUUCAAGUUGUCAGAAGCACGGAGGAGCCAAUUUCACUGUUUACUGAACAGGCACUGGAUUGGUGGGUGGGUGGGAGGAGUGUGUUCUUUGGUUGAAGAGGUCUGGCUGGAUACUGAGGGCUGGGGAUCAGCGGGAUGGAGGUUUUGCUGAGGGGGGCCAGACCCCCUACUGCCACUUCUUCCUUUUCCUGCCUAGAAUUGGAGCUGGCCAUUAGAGUCACUCUUUAUGCGGUGAUCUUUCUGAUGAGCGUUGGAGGAAACAUCCUCAUCAUUGUGGUCCUGGGAUUGAGCCGCCGCCUGAGGACCGUCACCAAUGCCUUCUUGCUGUCGCUGGCAGUCAGCGACCUCCUGCUGGCUGUGGCUUGCAUGCCCUUCACACUCCUGCCCAAUCUCAUGGGCACAUUCAUCUUCGGCACAGUCAUCUGCAAGGCCGUUUCCUACCUCAUGGGGGUGUCUGUGAGUGUGUCCACGCUAAGCCUCGUAGCCAUUGCCCUGGAGCGGUACAGCGCCAUCUGCCGACCACUGCAGGCGCGGGUGUGGCAAACUCGCUCCCACGCGGCUCGUGUGAUCUUAGCCACGUGGCUGCUGUCUGGACUGCUCAUGGUGCCCUACCCCGUGUACACCGCCGUGCAGCCAGUGGGGCCCCGUGUGCUGCAGUGCGUGCAUCGCUGGCCCAGUGCGCGGGUCCGCCAGACCUGGUCAGUACUGCUGCUCCUGCUCCUGUUCUUCGUCCCUGGUGUGGUCAUGGCUGUGGCCUAUGGACUUAUCUCCCGCGAGCUCUACUUAGGACUUCGUUUUGACAGUGACAGUGACAGCGAGAGCCAAAGCCGGGUCAGAGGCCAAGGAGGGUUGCCGGGUGGGGCUGCCCCAGGUCCUGUCCACCAGAACGGGCGUUGCCGGCCGGAAGCCGGCCUGGCCGGCGAGGACGGCGACGGCUGCUAUGUGCAGCUUCCACGUUCCCGGCCUGCCCUGGAGCUGUCCGCGCUGACCGCUCCCAUUUCUGGGCCAGGCCCCGGACCCCGGCCAGCCCAGGCCAAGCUGUUGGCUAAGAAGCGCGUGGUGCGCAUGUUGCUGGUGAUCGUUGUGCUGUUUUUCAUGUGUUGGCUGCCAGUGUACAGUGCCAACACGUGGCGCGCCUUCGACGGCCCGGGUGCUCACCGAGCCCUCUCCGGGGCACCUAUCUCCUUCAUCCACUUGCUGAGCUACGCCUCGGCCUGUGUCAAUCCCCUGGUCUACUGCUUCAUGCAUCGCCGCUUUCGCCAGGCCUGCCUGGACACGUGUGCCCGCUGCUGCCCCCGGCCUCCACGAGCCCGCCCCAGACCUCUUCCAGAUGAGGACCCUCCCACCCCCUCCAUUGCUUCACUGUCUAGGCUGAGCUACACCACCAUCAGCACGCUGGGGCCCGGAUGAGGGUUGAGAUAGAGUGGGAGCUGAGGCAGGACCGGCCACUCCUACAAGCACGGACCCUUCCAAACCACGACUGACGCUGGCUACUGAUGCCCAAUAACACAGACCAUCCCCGACACACACACACACAAAGGUAGCUUACCUGCCACAAAAGGAACAGAAUGGAGCCUUCCACCGGAGAGGAAGUACACUUCUGAUCUGAGACUGAGCCUUGUCUGUAGAGACAUGGCACUGACCUUGGACAGACCAUCGCUCCUCAGUGGGAACUCUGACAGGGCUGACCUGUCCCUCACACACCUGAUCCUUUUAGGAGCUGGGGAGCCCAGCACAGGGCUGAACCUUGGGAUUCUCCUGGACAUCUCCAGUUUGACCACACAAUUUUCUUUUUCACCAGGCCUACUCUCACACCUCCCCCACCAAAGGCUGUUAAGCACUGAAAAGUCCCUUCUUCCCCUUUCAGUUAAGGACUGUGGCCCUGCCCCUCCUCCUUUACCUGGCCUCUUUGAGAAAUAAUAAAUGAUUUGACUUCCUCUUA